ACUUCGCUGCUGCUGCUCGUGUUUCUGCCCGAGCCUCUAUUGUGACGCACUCGCUGAAUUCACAUGGCACGUAAACACUGAACGCGUCCUUCUACUUUAUAUUUAUCUACAUUUAUUUUCGCCUCGUUCAUCACUUUGAUCAUGUCAGCAUCCGUGAUUCGAAGAGGACUUGAUUUAUUCAGCGAGAAAGAUGGAGUGAAGCGCAAGCAGAAGAAGAGCAGCUGUCGUAAGUCCGCGCUGAUGGAGCAGAUCAGCAGCGAUAAACAGGGCGUUCAGAGGCGGAUCCGGCGGCUGCAGCGACCCGGAGGAUCCGCGCGGAGCACAAACACGGUCAAAGACAAGCACAUCCGGUCUGCGCUGGACGAAUACAGAAAGAAGCAGAAGAAGAGUCAGCUGAAGUCAAAUGUGGAGUAUUUCCUGGCCGCUGAUCAUAAAACAAAGAACAGAGACACGAGAAAGAUCGUCCAGCAGCACUCGGGGCGUCGCGCCUGUGAUCGGCCCGAUCCGCCCGCAUCUACACCCGAGGAACAAUCCGUCUUCACUGAGAAGGACUUCCAGAAGUUCCAGAAGGAAUAUUUCUCAAAACUCUAACGUCUGUGUGAACCCGUGCCUGCAUGAUCUGGAACGAUCUCUGACUCGAGCUCUGCUGCAGAAAUCCUGUUUGACUGAUGACAGUGAAUGAUUUAUGAACUUGUUUAAACAAUUUAGAAAAAUAGAAUUAGUAAGUGAAGACCUGUGUAAUUCUGCUGCUGUAAAACUGUCGACGGACUUCAGAAACGAAACCCAUAUAUUAAAACAAACAACCUUUUCUUUUUCUGAUUUUUUUUUUUUUAUUCUAAUGUCACAAGGAUGUAUUGAAAUAAAGGUAUAUUUGGCCUGAAAA